AUUAGUAUAUUUACAACUAUUAGGAAAUUUGUUUUUUUGAGAAUUGGUAAAAUGAGUAUAAACAGUUUCCAAUAUUUUAUAGACAUAAGUUUUUUUAUACUUUGUUAAAUGAUCUCAAAAACUAAGAUAGCAUGGAUAGAUUUAGAGAGCAAAACUGAGAUCACACCCACACCUAUUCAAACCUAUUCUCUCAAGUAGUACUCUUAAAAUAGAACAUAUAUGACUAUGAUUAUGGAUAGGGAAAAUGACAAAAAUACCCUCUCACUCACAGAUAUAGAGUUGGCCAACACAUGGAACCACCACAUAUGCCAUUUCUCUAGUGUUUCAUAUUGCUUUAAGACUAACAGCUUGAAAAGUGGGUGAUUUUCUUCUCUUGGAAGACCAUAGCUUUUCCUCUUCCUUUUUUUUCUGCCUCUUAAAUCCAUGGAUACAGCUCAGUGGCCACAGGGAAUUGGAGUGGUUAAACCUAUGGAAGCUUCAAGGCAAAUGAAGACAAGGCCUCAAAAGGAUCAAGCUCUCAACUGUCCAAGGUGUAAUUCAACUAACACCAAGUUUUGUUACUAUAAUAACUAUAGUCUCUCUCAGCCAAGAUACUUUUGCAAGACUUGUAGAAGGUAUUGGACUGAAGGUGGGUCUUUAAGAAAUGUUCCUGUCGGUGGAGGUUCAAGGAAGAACAAAAGAUCAACUCCACCAACACCACCAUUAGCAUCAACAUCACCUGCUUCAUCUUCAAAGAAUAAGCUUCCUGAUCUGACUUCUCCACCAAGUUUCCCUCAGUCUGCUUCUCAAAACCCUAAGAUCCAUCAAGGCCAAGAUCUUAACCUAGCAUAUCCACCAGCUCAUGAGGACUACAACACCAUAUCUAAGUUUAUUGAGGUACCCUAUAGUGACAACAACAACAGCAGCAGCAAAAGCCACCAUCAAAACCCUAGUACCUCCUCUGCUUCACCUCAACUCUCAGCCAUGGAACUGCUCAAAACUGGGAUUACAUCAAGAGGCUUGAGCUCUUUCAUGCCCAUGUCAGUUUCUGAUUCCAGUGCAAUGUAUUCAACCGGGUUUCCUAUGCAUGAAUUCAAGCCAAGUCUCAAUUUUUCUCUUGAGGGGUUUCAAGGUGGAUAUGGGAGUAGUCUUCAUCAAGGAGUGCAAGAAACUGGUGCAAGGCUCUUGUUUCCUAUUGAGGAUUUGAAACAAGUCCCAAACACAAGUGAAUUUGAUCAGAAUAGAGGCCAAGGAGAUUCUUCUGGUUAUUGGAAUGGAAUGUUAGGAGGUGGAUCAUGGUCAGAAGUGUCAGGUCCUUUAUCAACACUAUCUGGGUCGUAGAGAUUCUUCAACCCCAUUAAAGCACUUUCAUGAAGCAAAUAGGAUCUGAUCAAAGAAAUACCAGAACUACUAGGUAUGACCCCAUGAACCAUUUCUGCACAUGCCAUACCCACUUU